GCGCAGCCGACGACGGCGAUUCCCACGCCCCCCACCAGCUGCUGGCCUCUCUCAAGUUCCUCUGCAUGGAGAUCCACAAGGCAAUCCAGACGACCAGGGAUAGCGCAGAAGGCAGCGCGGCGCGCGCCGACGAGCUCUCGCCCGAGCAGGUGGCGGCCGUUGCCCAGCACAUUGACUUCUACUUCGUGCUCUCUGACAGCCAUCGCGAGUUCGUCAGUUGGCUGCUUGUGAUCUCACUGACGCUGAAGCUGACGUGCUUAUCCUGCAUGUUGCUGAACGAGAAGCACAAGGCCAUGAUGAGGAUCCUAAGCGCACCAUCCCUCUCGCGGAGGUGGCAGUCGGCAACGAUGACUACGAGGGUGCGCCCCGAGCUGAUGGGGGACAUCCGUGAAGCGGAGCGGUUUGGCGGCCUGCGCGAUCACCUCGACGCGAGGGAGAUGUCGGAUGGCGAGGGCGCGGCCGCGGGCCCUCGCCUUGUCCCCUCGGCUACGCCUUCGUCUGGCGCGGGCCCUGCAGGCGCUGGCGACGCCGCCUGCAGCGCGAUCCCGCCCGCGCCCCCCGUCGAGGGCGUCGCCUUCGGGAAUGGCGGCGUCUGCGACUUCAACGACUCCAUCGAGCUCGCCCCGGACAAGGCGCCCUCCGCCGAGGU